AAGAUGGAAACCUAAGUCAAGACCUUUUAAGGGGGAUAAUAUGAUUGUCGCAUCAGUUGGAGGCAACGUAAGAAUUCGUUGUCCAGCAUACGGGAACCCAAAGCCAAAAACAACCUGGUACAAAGAGGAGAACUUGAUCGAUGCCAGUCAGAGACCAAAGACAAAGGUCAGGCACUUUGCCUUGAGUCUUAAUGAUGUACAGACAUCGGACAGUGGGAAAUACAAAUGUGUGGUCCAAAAUUCUGAGGGCAGCUUAGAAUUCACAUUCAUUUUGGAUGUUAAAGAAUCCCCCGUCUGGCCUCUGAUGGUGAAGGGGCCACAGAAUACCACGGUGAUGGAGGGAGAACGGGUGGUGUUUGUAUGUCUUUCCUUGAAUGACCCACAUGUAUCCUAUCAAUGGAUGAAAUGGAAUACUGACGGCGGUGACGUAGGCGGAUCCAGUAAAUAU